AUGCGACCCAAAAAUAAAACUGCAGUAAAGCGUAAAGCGGCAUCCGAGUCACAAUCGGAUGAUGAAGCCACACAGUCUGCUUCAAAAAAGGCCAAAGUAUCGACAGACUCGCCAGGGUCUGCCGUUGCCAGCAAUGGCCAGCCUACUAAUAAAGUACUGCCUGUCAACAUCAGUUUUCCUCCCCGGAUAUCAGGCACUGUUCGCUUGUCAACGUGGAAUAUAUGUUCGCUUGCAUCGGCUUCCAAGAAGGGAUUCAAAUUCUAUGUCGAGGCGGAGGAUCCAGACGUGCUCGUGCUAACAGAGACCAAGGUGAACGAAGUUCCUGCAGACCCUUUUCUGACGUCGCGAUUCCCUCAUUGUACCUGGGCUAUAUCUUCCAAGAAGACUUACUCAGGAACAGCCGUGCUUUCCAAGCAUAAGCCUCUAUCUGUAGACACAAAACUUCCGGGACAUCCAGACCCAAAUAGCGUCAAGGGUCGUAUCGUUACGGUGGAAUUUCCUGGUUGUUAUAUUGUAGCUACAUAUGUGACGAACGCUGGUCAGGGGCUCAAGACACUGAAGGAGAAGAACACAUGGAAUGAACACUUCACCACGUAUAUCCGGGAUCUAGACAAGAAGAAACCUGUCAUAUGGAUGGGUGACCUCAACGUCGCGCCAACCGCAAUAGACUUGGCAAAUGCAAAGUCAAAUUGGAAUAAGACACCUGGAUACACAAAAGAUGAAACGGAAGCGUUUCAAAAUAUUCUCAAUCCUCCUGAAUCUGCUGCUGGAGUUGGCAAAUUUGUUGAUGUCUGGAGGCAGAAUCAUCCAGAAGUCAAACACUACACAUAUUUCUCGUACCGUUUUAAUUGUCGGACCAAAGGCCUUGGUUGGAGAUUGGAUAUGUUUGUGGUGAGCGAGCGACUACUGGAAAAGGUCAAGAUGUGCGAGAUUAGAAGUGAGAUCUACGGUGCAUCAGACCAUGUGCCAGUGGUGAUGGAAAUAGAGAGCGAUAUCAUUACGGGAAGCUAA